GACUCGUCCACAGUGCUGGGGCUUGAGAGAUCCACCAUCCACUCAUGCAGCCACAAGCACGGGGCGACAUUGGCGCUCCGAGGGGAAAAGGCUUUUGCUUUUUAAUUUUUUCUUUUUAGUUUCUCGCGGAAUGAGCUGAACGGACCGGGCGGCUGCAGGGCUUCUCCACGACUGGACGAUUUAUGUGGCAUGGUGUGGUGAACCAGGGAGCCCAGCAAGCACACAGCCACGGAGGAUACACUGUGCAUCAUGUUCGACUGCCGAUAAUCAAUUGAAAUCUACAUGACUGAGCUUCUGCAUCACCUAUAGCCUCGCCGGGCUGUAGCACGUCUCCUUUUAUCGCAGCAGCGCGCCUGAAGAGGACACGGUGCGGGGCACAGGGUGCAGCUGAACGGACAAUCGCACCCGGACCCUUGGAGGGGUUCGGAUGAGGUGGCUGAUUGGGUCGCUUGCUCUUAGAAAUCCGGCCAACUUUUGCCCUAUUCCUUCGUAACGGCGGUGCCAUCGGGCAUUGCUCGGGAGAUGGCGAUGCGAUUGUUCUACUUGGGACUUAUACUCUGUACAGAGGCGCGACGCGACUACGUGCCUCCUAACGGUGCGACCGUAGCGCCGAAAGCGGACGACCACACCAAGACUUGCAGCCCUACGCAGUUUGUGUGUAAGGACCAGGUGACCUGUAUCUCUAAAGGCUGGCACUGUGAUGGGGAGAAGGACUGUCCAGAUGGCUCCGACGAAUCGCCAACUAUCUGCUCACACAACAGAGUGAACCAGUGUCCUGUUAAUGAACAUGGGUGCCUGGACCUGGAUGUGUGUAUCCACAUGAGCAAACUGUGUGAUGGAGUCCCUGAUUGCUCCGACGGCUGGGAUGAGGGGCCUCACUGCAGAGAGCAUGCACCAGAUUGUGCCUCACAGAGCUGCCAGUUUCACUGUGCUGUGACUCAUGAUGGGCCCAAGUGCUACUGUGGCAGUGGCUAUGAGGUUGCGGCGGAUGGAAAGACAUGUAAAGAUUUCAACGAGUGCGGCGUGUAUGGGACGUGCAGUCAGACGUGCACAAACACAGAGGGCUCCUACACCUGCAGCUGUGUGGAGGGCUACCUGCUGCAGCCUGACAACCGCUCCUGCAAAGCCAAAAAUGUGCCCGUGGAUCGUCUGCCUAUGCUGCUGAUCGCUAACCUGCUUGACAUCCGCUGCACCUCUCUAAGCGGCUCCACUUCCCGCCUGCCCUCCAUCCCCACCAAGCAGACCAUGGCCAUGGACUUCAUCUAUGCAGAGGAGACGGUCUGCUGGAUCGAUGUGGGCGACACCCCUGCUGCCACUCAGCUCAAGUGCGCCAGCAUCCCAGACCUCAAGACCGUCACUAACAUCCGUACCAUCAACAUCUCCCUCAGCCUGCACCAUGUGGAGCAGAUGGCUAUUGACUGGCUGACCGGAAACUUCUACUUUGUGGACGAUGUGGACGACCGGGUGUUUGUCUGCAACAAGAACGGCCAGACAUGUGUGACCCUGCUGGACCAAGAGCUGUACAACCCUAAAGGCAUCGCCUUGGACCCAACUAUGGGCAAAUUAUUCUUCACAGACUAUGGGACUACACCAAGAGUGGACCGCUGCGACAUGGAUGGGCAGAACCGCACCAAACUGGUGGACAGUAAGAUCGUCUUCCCGCAUGGCAUCACCCUGGACCUGGUCAACCGGCUGGUGUACUGGGCUGACGCCUACCUGGACUACAUUGAAGUGGUCGACUAUGAGGGCAAAAACCGACACACCAUCAUCCAGGGUCUGCUGAUUGAGCACCUGUACGGACUGACUGUAUUUGAGAACUACCUGUAUGCCACGAACUCGGACGAAGGCAACCUCAACCCCAAGACGAGCGUGAUCCGAGUGAACCGCUUCAACAGCUCCGACUUCCAGGUGGUGACGCGAGUAGACCGCGGAGCCGCGCUGCACGUGUACCACCAGAGGAGGCAACCUCAAGUGCGCAGUCAUGCAUGUGCGCUGGACCAGUUUCAGAAUCCUGGAGGUUGUUCUGACAUCUGUCUGCUGAGCAACAGCCACAAGACCCGUACCUGCCGCUGCCGCUCUGGGUUCAGCCUGGGCAACGAUGGCAAGUCCUGCAAGAAACCAGAGCACGAGUUGUUUUUGGUGUACGGCAAAGGUCGUCCUGGAAUCAUCAGAGGCAUGGACAUGAAUGCUAAGGUGCCUGAUGAGUACAUGAUACCCAUAGAGAACCUGAUGAACCCCAGAGCUUUGGAUUUUCACGCUGCCAGUGAAUUCAUCUACUUCGCUGACGCCACCAGCUACAUUAUAGGCCGGCAGAAGAUAGACGGCACAGAGAGAGAUACCAUACUGAAAGAGGGCAUCCACACAGUGGAGGGCAUAGCCGUAGACUGGAUUGGCGGUAAUCUCUACUGGACAGACGAUGGUCCUAAGAAGACUAUCAGUGUUGCCAAGCUGGAGAAGGCUUCACAGACCCGCAAGACUCUAAUUGAGGGAAAGAUGAGUCAUCCUCGUGCCAUUGUGGUUGACCCACAGAAUGGAUGGAUGUACUGGACUGACUGGGAGGAAGAUCCCACGGAGAGCAACCGAGGCAAGAUCAAGAAAGCUUGGAUGGACGGUUCACAUCAUCAGGUUUUUCUAACCAGCAAGACAGUGCUGUGGCCGAACGGGUUGAGUCUGGACAUUCCCCAGGGCAUCCUGUACUGGGUGGAUGCGUACUACGACCGGAUUGAGUUGGUUUACCUUAACACCACUGAGCGCAAGGUGGUGUACGAGGGCCAGGAGCUUAACCACGCUUUCGGCAUAUGUCACUACAAGCAUUUCCUCUUUUGGAAUGAGUACCGUGGAGGAAGCAUCUAUAAACUGGACCAGGCCACUAAGACGGUCACAUUACUCCGCAAUGAGAGGCCUCCUAUCUUUGAGAUCAGAGUGUACGAUGCACACCAGCAGCAAGGCACCAACAAAUGCCGGUAUAAUAAUGGCGGCUGUAGCAGCCUGUGCCUUGCUGUCCCUCACGGCAGGUCCUGCGCAUGUGCUGACGACCAAAUCCUGGAUGUGGACAAUGUCACCUGCAAAGUCAACCCCUCCUACGUGCCUCCGCCCCAGUGCCAGCCAGGGGAGUUCGCCUGCAAGAACAACCGCUGCAUCCAAGAGCGCUGGAAAUGCGAUGGGGACAACGAUUGUCUGGACAACAGCGAUGAGUCACCUGACCUGUGUCACCAGCACACCUGCCCAGCUGACCGAUUCAAAUGCCAGAACAACCGCUGCAUCCCACUGCGCUGGCUGUGUGAUGGAGACAAUGACUGUGGCAACGAUGAAGACGAAUCCAACACGACAUGUUCUGCUCGCACAUGCCCACCAAACCAGUACCCCUGUGCCAGUGGGCGCUGCAUCCCUAUCUCCUGGAAAUGCGACCUGGACGAUGACUGUGGAGACCGCUCUGAUGAGACAGACUCCUGUGCUUACCCAACCUGCUUCCCGCUGACCCAGUUCACCUGUGCCAAUGGCCGCUGCAUCAACAUCAACUGGCGCUGUGACAACGACAACGACUGCGGGGACAACAGCGAUGAAGCCGGCUGCAGCCACUCCUGCUCCAGCGUCCAGUUCAAAUGUAACAGUGGCCGCUGCAUCCCAGAAUACUGGACCUGUGACGGCGACAACGACUGUGGAGACUACAGUGAUGAAACUCACGCCAACUGUACCAACCAGGCCACCCGUCCUCCAGGCGGCUGCCACGUGGAUGAGUUCCAGUGUCGGAUGGACGGCCUGUGCAUUCCCAUGCGCUGGCGCUGUGAUGGCGACACAGACUGUAUGGACCUGAGCGACGAGAACAACUGUGAGGGUGUCACGCACACAUGUGACCCCGCAGUCAAGUUCAGCUGCAGAGAUUCUGCUCGCUGCAUAAGCAAGGCCUGGGUGUGCGACGGAGACAGCGACUGCGAGGACAAUUCAGAUGAGGACAACUGCGAGGCGUUGGUGUGCAAGUUGUCUCACCACAUGUGUGCCACCAACGACUCCAUCUGUCUGCCUGCGGAAAAGCUGUGCGAUGGCACUGACGACUGUCCAGAUGGCUCCGAUGAGAAACUUUGUGACUUGUGUGCAUUGGACAAUGGCGGUUGUAGUCACAACUGCAGCAUCAUUCCUGGAGAGGGCUUCAUGUGCUCCUGUCCCUUGGGCAUGGAGCUGGGAGCUGACAACAAGACCUGCCAGAUCCAGAGCUUCUGUGCCAGACACCUCAAGUGUAGCCAGAAGUGCGAGCAGGAGAAAUCCAGCGUCAAGUGUUCCUGUUACAAGGGCUGGGAGCUUGAGGGUGACAUGGAGAGCUGCAAAAGCACUGAUCCAUUCAAGCCUUUCAUCAUCUUCUCCAACCGUAAUGAGAUCAGAAGGAUUGAGCUGCACAAGGGGGAGUUCAGUGUGCUGGUACCAGGACUGAGAAACACUAUUGCCCUGGACUUUCACCUCAACCAGAGCACCCUGUACUGGACUGAUGUAGUGGAAGACAAGAUCUACCGUGGGAAACUGUCUGACAAUGGAGCUCUGACCAGUUUUGAAGUUGUGAUCCAAUAUGGACUGGCUACUCCAGAGGGUCUGGCUGUGGACUGGAUAGCAGGAAACAUCUACUGGGUGGAGAGCAAUCUGGACCAGAUUGAAGUGGCCAAACUGGACGGGACCAUGAGAACCACCCUGCUGGCUGGGGAGGUGGAACAUCCCCGCGCCAUCGCCCUCGACCCUCGUGAUGGCAUUCUAUUUUGGACAGACUGGGAUGCCAGUUUGCCCAGAAUCGAGGCAGCAUCAAUGAGCGGUGAAGGCAGACACACCAUCCAUAGGGAGACCGGCAACGGCGGCUGGCCCAACGGACUCACAGUGGACUACAUGGAAAGACGCAUCGUCUGGAUUGAUGCCAGGUCGGAUGCCAUCUACUCUGCUAUGUACGACGGCUCUGGGCUGAUUGAAGUGCUGCGGGGUCAUGAAUACUUGUCCCACCCGUUUGCCGUCACCAUGUACGGAGGCGAGGUCUACUGGACCGACUGGAGGACAAACACUCUGGCCAAAGCCAACAAAUGGACCGGACACAACGUCACUGUGGUGCAGCGCACCAACACACAGCCCUUUGACUUACAGGUGUAUCACCCAUCCAGGCAGCCUGAGGCUCCCAACCCAUGCGCCACCGAGGACGGUAAAGGUCCAUGCUCCCACCUCUGUCUCAUCAACUUCAAUCAGUCCUUCUCCUGCGCCUGUCCUCACCUGAUGAAGUUACAGCCAGACAAGCGAACCUGCAAAGAGUCCCGCAAGUUCCUCCUUUAUGCUCGUCAGAUUGAGAUUCGAGGCGUAGACAUCGACAACCCUUAUUACAACUACAUCAUCUCCUUCACUGUGCCGGACAUAGACAAUGUGACCGUGGUCGACUACGAUGCUGUGGAGCAUCGCAUCUACUGGUCCGACGUCCGAACACAGACCAUCAAGAGAGCGUUUAUAAAUGGCACAGGGGUGGAGACUGUUGUGUCUGCUGACCUUCCUAAUGCCAAUGGGUUGGCGGUAGACUGGGUGUCCAGAAACCUCUUCUGGACCAGCUAUGAUGCCAAUAAGAAGCAGAUCAAUGUAGCAAGACUAGAUGGAUCUUUCAAGAAUGCUGUCAUCCAGGGUUUAGACAAGCCCCACUGCCUGGUGUUGCACCCUCUAUUGGGGAAACUGUACUGGACUGAUGGUGACAGCAUAAGCAUGGCCAACAUGGAUGGCACCAACCACACCACGCUUUUCACCGAUCAAAAAGGACCAGUUGGCCUCUCUAUUGACUAUGAAAAAGAGCAACUGUACUGGAUCAGCUCAAAAAACAGCACCAUUAACCGGUGUCAGCUGGAUGGGUCUAAGCUGGAGAUCCUGGAAGGUGUAAAAGGCAAACUUACCAAGGCCACGGCACUGGCUAUUAUGGGAGACAAGCUAUGGUGGGCAGACCAGGGAACUGACCGGAUAGGGACAUGUGACAAGAAGGAUGGAGGAAACUGGAAGGUUUUGCGAAACAACACCUCACCUGUGAUGCAUAUGAGGAUCUACGACGAGGAUGUGCAGAAAGCAGGUAUCAACCUGUGCAGUAACAACAACGGUGACUGCUCUCAGCUUUGUCUACCCACCUCACCAACAACCAGGGCCUGCAUGUGUACCGCUGGGUACAGCCUCAAGAGAGGACAGCAGUCUUGUGAAGGUAUGGGCUCGUUCCUGCUUUACUCUGUUCAUGAGGGAAUCCGAGGAAUUCCACUUGACCCAGCAGACAAAUCUGACGCCUUGGUGCCAGUGUCUGGCACUUCUCUGGCAGUCGGCAUCGACUUUCAUGCUGAGAAUGAUACCAUCUACUGGGUGGAUAUGGGCUUGAGCACCAUCAGCAGGGCGAAGCGAGAUCAGACCUGGAGAGAGGAUGUGGUGACCAAUGGCAUUGGCAGGGUGGAAGGCAUCACUGUUGACUGGAUAGCAGAAAACAUUUACUGGACCGACCAGGGCUUCGAUGUGAUUGAGGUGGCCAGACUUAAUGGCUCCUUCCGCUACGUUGUCAUUUCCCAGGGACUGGAUAAACCUCGAGCCAUCACCGUCCAUCCGGUGAAAGGCUAUCUGUUCUGGACUGAAUGGGGUCAGUACCCCCGUAUCGAACGUUCACGGUUGGACGGCUCCGAGAGGCUGGUCUUGGUGAACGUAAGCAUCAGUUGGCCCAAUGGAAUUUCUAUUGACUACGAGGAGGGUCUGCUGUAUUGGUGUGAUGCCAGAACAGACAAGAUUGAACGCAUCAACCUGGAGACCGGGGAGAACAGAGAGCUGGUGCUGGCCAACAAUAACAUGGACAUGUUUGCUGUGUCUGUUUUUGAGGAAUAUAUUUACUGGAGCGACAGGACUCAUGCCAAUGGCUCCAUUAAGAGAGGCAGCAAAGACAACGCUACAGAUGCUGUGCAGCUCAGAACAGGCAUUGGUGUACAACUGAAAGACAUCAAAGUGUUUAACCGGGCCAGACAACAAGGCACCAACAUCUGCAAAGACAACAAUGGUGGCUGUGAACAGCUGUGUCUGUACCGCGGCAACAGCCAGCGCACCUGCGCCUGUGCACACGGCAGGCUGGCGGAGGACAGCCGCAGCUGCCGCGACUACGACGGCUACCUGCUGUACUCGGAGCGCACCAUCCUGAAGAGCAUCCACCUGUCCAACGAGACCAACCUGAACGCGCCCAUAAAGCCGUUCGAGGACGCCAACCACAUGAAAAACGUCAUCGCCCUCAGCUUCGACUACCACGGCGGCGGGGGGAAGGGAGCCAACCGCAUCUUCUUCAGCGACAUCCACUUCGGCAACAUCCAGCAGAUCAGCGAUAACGGCACAGACCGCAAGAUAGUGGUGGACAAUGUUGGGUCCGUGGAGGGUCUGGCGUAUCAUCGUGGCUGGGACACACUCUACUGGACUAGUUACACAACCUCCACCAUCACUCGUCACACUGUGAACCAGAACCGCUCUGUGGCCUAUAAUCGCAACACGGUGGUCACUAUGUCUGGAGACGACCACCCCAGAGCCUUUGUCCUGGACGAGUGUCAGGACCUCAUGUUCUGGACCAACUGGAACGAGCAGGCCCCCAGCAUCAUGAGGGCCUCUCUGAAUGGAGCCAAUGUGCUGGUGAUCAUCGGCAGUGACAUCAGAACCCCCAACGGCCUGGCAAUAGAUCACCGCGCUGAGAAGCUCUACUUCUCCGACGCCACCUUGGACAAGAUCGAGCGCUGCGAAUAUGAUGGCAGCAACCGCUACGUCCUGCUGAAGAACGAGCCCGUCCAUCCGUUUGGCCUGGCUGUGUAUGGAGAUUACAUCUUCUGGACGGACUGGGUCAGGAGGGCGGUGCUCAGAGCCGACAAAUACACAGGAGGAGAAAUGAAGGUCCUGCGCGCUGACAUCCCUCAGCAGCCCAUGGGCAUCAUCGCUGUCGCUAAUGACACCAACAGUUGUGAGUUUUCCCCUUGUCGAACCAAUAACGGCGGUUGCCAGGACCUGUGUCUGCCCACGUCUGAUGGACGAGUCAACUGCAGUUGCCGUGGAGACAGAAAACUUCUGGAGGACAACACCUGCUCUUCUCUGAACAUGUCAUGUGGAGGUGUGGAUAACUUCGAGUGUGGAAACGGCGACUGCAUCAACUACAGCCUGACCUGUGAUGGCAUGGCCCACUGCAAGGACAAGUCAGAUGAGAAGCAGUCUUACUGUGCGAAUCGAAUUUGCAAGAAAGGCUACAGGCACUGCAUGAAUGGCCGCUGCAUUGAGCACAAGUUUUGGUGUGAUGGCACAGAUGACUGUGGAGACCAUUCAGAUGAACUGCCCUGUAAUAUGACUCUGUGCAAAGUAGGAGAGUUCCAGUGCAAAGAUGGGAAAUGCAUCUCUAACUACAGCCGCUGUGACCAGGUGGUCAACUGUGAGGAUGCCAGUGAUGAGAUGAACUGUCAACCUACCGACUGCUCCCGCUUUUUCCGCCUGGGUGUGAAAGGAGCCUCCUUCCAGAGCUGUGAGAAAACCACCCUCUGUUAUCUCUCCUCCUGGGUGUGCGACGGCAACAAUGACUGCGGAGACUUUUCUGACGAGAGAAACUGCCCAGAGAAACGAAAGCUCAAAUGUCCAGUCAACUUCUUCGCUUGUCCAAGUGGCCGCUGCAUUCCAAUGAGCUGGACCUGCGACAAGGAGAAUGACUGUGAGAACGGUGCCGAUGAGACGCACUGUGACAAGUUUUGUACGUCCACCCAGUUUGAAUGUGGGAACCACCGCUGCAUUUCCAACCACUGGGUGUGUGACGGCUCUGACGACUGUGGUGACGGUUCUGAUGAAGGCCAGAACUGCAAAUUCAAGACCUGCAGUCCUGAGGCUUUCCAGUGUCCGGGCUCCCACAUGUGUGUGCCUCAACGCUGGAAGUGCGACGGAGACAGGGACUGUCCUGAUGGAGCUGACGAGAGCGUCAAAGCCGGCUGCACGUACACCAACAACACUUGUGAUGCCAACGAGUUCAUGUGCCAGAACAGGCUGUGCAUCCCCAAGCAUUUUGUGUGCGAUCAUGACUUUGACUGCUCGGACGGCUCUGAUGAAUCUCCAGAAUGUGAAUACCCGACGUGCGGUCCCGAUGAGUUCCGAUGCGCCAACGGCCGCUGCCUGAACCAGAAGAAAUGGGAGUGUGACGGAGAGUUUGACUGUCGAGAUCACUCUGAUGAAGCUCCCAAGAACCCUCACUGCACAGACUUGGAGCGGACCUGUAAUGAAUCAGCCUUCGUGUGUCAUAAUGGCAAGUGUCUGAAUGAGACGCUGCUGUGCGACCGCAACGACGACUGCGGCGAUGGCUCCGAUGAGCUCAACUGCUUCAUCAACGAGUGUCUCCACAGCAAGCUGAGCGGCUGCUCUCAGCUGUGCGAUGACCUCAAGAUCGGCUUCAAGUGCCGGUGUCACCCUGGAUUCCAGCUGAAGCGAGAUGGGAAGACGUGCGUGGACAUAGAUGAGUGCACCACCACCUACCCCUGCUCCCAGCGCUGCAUCAACACACACGGGAGUUUCCACUGUCUCUGUGUGGAUGGCUUUGAACUCAGCCCCAAUGACCCCACCAUCUGCAAGUCCACAUCUGAGGAGGAGCCUUACUUGAUCUUUGCUAACCGGUACUACCUGAGGAAGAUCAACCUGGAUGGUUCAAACUACACUCUCAUAAAACAGGGUCUGAAUAAUGCUGUGGCUCUAGACUUCCAUUACGCAGAGCAGAUGAUCUACUGGACAGAUGUGACCACUCAGGGCAGCAUGAUUCGACGCAUGCGUAUGAACGGCAGCAACAUGGAGGUUUUACACAGGACCUCUUUGAGCAAUCCAGAUGGAUUAGCAGUGGACUGGGUCGGUGGGAACUUGUACUGGUGUGACAAAGGCAGGGACACAAUUGAGGUGUCGAAGCUGAACGGGGCCUACAGGACCAUGCUGGUCAACAGCGGCCUGCGGGAGCCCCGCGCCGUGGCUGUGGACGUGCGCUAUGGGUACCUGUACUGGUCAGACUGGGGUGACAACCCGCACAUUGGGAGGAUUGGGAUGGAUGGCACCAACAGAAGUGUCAUCAUAGAGGAUAAGAUCUCUUGGCCCAACGGACUCACGCUGGACUUCAUCAACGACCGCAUAUACUGGGCUGAUGCCAGAGAGGACUGCAUCGAGUUUGCCAGUCUGGACGGCACCAGCAGACACAUAGUUCUCGGCAAUGACAUCCCCCACAUUUUUGCCAUGACUCUGUUCGAGGAGUACAUCUAUUGGACCGACUGGGAGACGAAAUCCAUUAACAGAGCUCACAAGACUCUGGGCACCAACAAGACCACGCUGAUCAGCACCCUGCACCGGCCCAUGGACAUCCACAUUUACCACCCCUAUCGUCAGCCUGAGGUGCUCAACCACCCGUGUCAGACAAACAACGGCGGCUGCAGCAACCUCUGCCUCCUGUCUCCUGGUGGGGGCUACAAAUGUGCCUGUCCCACUAACUUCUACCUCGCCCACGACCAGCGCACCUGCAUGUCCAACUGCACAGCCAGUCAGUUUGUCUGCAAAAAUGAUAAGUGCAUUCCCUUCUGGUGGAAGUGUGACACCGAGGACGACUGCGGGGACCGGUCGGACGAGCCAGCAGACUGUCCUGAAUUCAAAUGCCGGCCAGGGCAGUUCCAGUGCGGCACCGGCAUCUGCACCAACCCUGCCUACAUCUGCGAUGGAGACAACGACUGUCAGGACAACUCAGACGAGGCCAACUGCGAUAUUCACGUUUGCCUGCCCAGCCAGUUCAAAUGCUCCCACCCAAGCCGCUGCAUCCCCGGCAUCUUCCGCUGCAACGGCCAGGACAACUGUGGUGAAGGGGAGGACGAGAAGGACUGCCCUGAAGUGACGUGUGCGUCCACCCAGUUCCAGUGCGCCAUCACCAAACGCUGCAUCCCUCGCGUGUGGGUGUGCGACCGUGACAACGACUGUGUGGAUGGAUCGGAUGAGCCCACCAACUGCACUCAGAUGACUUGCGGUGUGGAUGAGUUCCGGUGUAAAGACUCAGGACGCUGCAUUCCUGCUCGCUGGAAGUGUGACGGCGAGGACGACUGCGGCGACGCCUCGGAUGAACCAAAGGAGGAGUGUGCUGAGAGGACGUGUGAGCCGUACCAGUUUCGGUGCAAGAACAACCGCUGCGUUCCCGGCCGCUGGCAGUGCGACUACGACAACGACUGCGGGGACAACUCGGAUGAAGACAACUGCAUGCCCCGGCAGUGUUCUGAGAGCGAGUUCGCCUGCACAAACGGCCGCUGCAUUGCUGGGAGGUGGAAGUGUGAUGGAGACCAUGACUGCGCUGAUGGAUCUGAUGAGAAUGGCUGUGACCUGAAGUGUGACAAUGACCAGUACCAGUGUAAGAACGGACACUGCAUCCCCAUCCGCUGGCGCUGCGAUGCUGAUCCUGACUGCAUGGACGGCAGCGAUGAGGAGAACUGUGGCAGUGCAGCUGGACGUUACUGCCCCCAUGAUGAGUUCCAGUGUAACAACACCUUGUGCAAACCCCACGCCUGGAAGUGUGAUGGGGAGGAUGACUGUGGGGACAACUCUGAUGAGAGCCCUGAACAAUGCAGGAAGUUCCAGUGUCCUCCCACCAGGGCUUUCCGCUGCCAAAACGAUCGCGUGUGCCUGCAGGUGUCGAAGAGGUGCGACGGUGUCGACAACUGCGGCGACAAGUCGGACGAACUGAACUGCGAGGCCCCUCCAGCUGUUCCCACAUGUGAGAAGGAUGAGUUCCUGUGUGCCAACGGCAGAUGCAUCAGCUCCACUCUGCGCUGUAAUUUCUUCAAUGACUGUGAAGACUACGGCUCUGAUGAGAUGAACUGCAAGACAGACACGAAACUAAAUGACUGUAGGAGCAACAGAACACAGUGCGGUGAUGGAGAUGAGACCCAUUGUGUCACAAAUGGCACAGACUCUUUCUGCUCCUGCAAACCAGGCUUCCAGAAGAUAGGGUACCGCACCUGUGGAGAUAAAAAUGAAUGCCUGCAAUUCGGCGUCUGUUCCCACAUUUGUAACAACACCAAAGGUUCCUACAAAUGCAGCUGCCACAGACACUUCACCAAGAUCCACGACACCUGCAAGGCUGACAACAUGAACAGCAGUCAACAGAUUCUCUACAUAGCCGACGACAAUGAAAUCCGCAGCCUGGACCCCGGGAUGCCCAACUGGCGCUAUGAGCAGGUCUUCCAGGGGGACGCCAGCGUGCGAAUCGACGCCAUGGACCUGCACGUCAAAACCAACCGCAUCUUCUGGACCAAUUGGCACACGGGCCGCAUCUCCUCCUACGAACUUCCAGGACUGUCCACGUCCUCGUCAUCGUCCUCCAACUCCAACUCCCACCGCGAUCGCCGUCAGAGCGAGGGCAGGAUCACCAACCUGGAGAUCAAAGAGCUGAAGAUGCCUCGCGGUAUAGCGGUGGACUGGGUGGCUGGGAACCUCUACUGGACCGAUUCUGGUCGAGAUGUAAUAGAAGUUGCUCAGAUGUCAGGCCAACACUGCAAGACUCUCAUCUCUGGCAUGAUAGACGAGCCUUAUGCAAUCGUAGUGGAUCCACAGAGAGGCACCAUGUACUGGACAGACUGGGGCAACCACCCUAAAAUUGAGACCGCGGCCAUGGACGGAACUCUGAGACAAACUCUGGUCCAUGAAAACAUCCAGUGGCCCACAGGUUUGGCUGUGGACUACUUCAACGAGCGCCUGUACUGGGCUGAUGCUAAGCUCUCAGUGAUCGGCAGCGUGCGUCUGGACGGCUCAGAUCCUGUCAUUGCCGCCUCUGGAAUUAAAAACAACUUGCUGCAUCCAUUCAGCAUAGACAUCUUUGAGGACAACAUUUAUGGGGUCACGUAUGUCAACAACUUUGUCUUCCGGGUCAACAAGUUUGGCAAAGGCCCCAUGGAGAAUCUCACCACAGGCAUCAACCACGCUACCGACAUAGUCCUGUACCACCGUUACAAGCAGCCAGAGAUUACCAACCCGUGCGACAGGAAGAAGUGUGAGUGGCUGUGUCUGCUCAGCCCCAGUGGACCAGUGUGCACCUGCCCCAACAACUACGUGGCCGACAACGGCACGUGCGCAGAGAGGCCGAGCCCCUCCCAGUCGCCGUUCGCUCCCCCCUCAGGGCCCUGCGAUGUUCAGUGUCAGAACGGUGGGAGCUGCUUCCUCAAUGCCCAUCAGGUCGCCAAGUGUCGCUGCCAGCCCAGCUACACGGGGGAGAGAUGUGAGAUCAACCAGUGCCGGGACUACUGCAAGAACGGGGGCACCUGCGCUGCUUCUCAUACAGGUGCUCCAACCUGCAGAUGCCCCAAAGGCUUCACGGGACCCACCUGCACCCGCCACACUUGUCAGGACUACUGCCUGCACGGCGGCAACUGCUCGGUGAGCAUGGGAAACCAGCCGACCUGCAGCUGCCCGUCCGAGUACCAGGGAGACCAGUGCCAGUUCAGUAAAUGUGAGGGGUUCUGUCAGAACGGUGGCACCUGCUUGGAGACGGCCAACAGCACCAAGCUCUGCUCAUGCACUCGCCAGUACAUCGGGCGCCAGUGUGAGCUGGACAAGUGUCUGUUCUGUGGCUCAGGGCAGUGUUUGUCGUCUACAGCGGAGGUUUCCUGCACUUGUCCUAACGGCCGGAUUCAACCCAGCUGCUACUCCUGUUUGGACUACUGCACGAAGGGACAAUGCUCAGUCAACCCUCGCACGCUGCUGCCGCAGUGCACGUGUCCUGUUGGAUGGACAGGCUACCGAUGCGACGUCGCAGCUGCCUCUGUAGAUUCCUCUACUUCCAGUGGAAGUACUGCCUCCAUCGUCAUCCCAGUGCUCCUGCUGGUAUUACUGGCUCUGCUGGCGGCUGGCGCCAUCUUGUGGUACAAGCGGAGAAUGCGCGGGUCUCUAUGGCCGGGCAAAUCUCGUUCUCAGUCCUCGCGCGCCAAGGGCUUCCAGCACCACCGAAUGACAAAUGGAGCCAUGAAUGUUGAGAUUGGCAACCCUGCCUAUAAGAUCUACGAAGGAGACCCUGACGACGACGCUGGGGAGCUCCUGGAUUCAGACUUUGCUUUGGACCCAGACAAGCCCACCAACUUCACCAACCCAGUGUACGCCACCCUGUACAUGGGCGCCCACAACAGCCGCAACUCUCUGGCCAGCACGGACGAGAAGAAGGAGCUGCUCUCCCAGGGCGACGAGGACAUGAGCGACCCGCUGGCGUAGAGCUCGGCCCGGAUUGAACUCUGCUAAUACUGCCCUGCCCGACCCAGUGCUGAGCCGGCGAGCUCCAUCAUCUUAUGCCUUUAUCAACUGACAAGAAAAGCAACAACGAAGCGAGAACACUGUAUAAAAUGUAAAAAAAAAAUGAAGGACUACUUUUUUAAGUGAUUGCAGUAUUAUAUUUUGUUCUUUGACAAAAAGCCUCUGUUGAUGAAAAAGGAAACCAUUUUAUAGACAUUUAUUCAGUUCUUUUUAAUUUUGCUCACCUUCUCACAACUCUCCCUCCCUUCUCACGCAUAUAGCCACUACCUCUGUGCAAAUGUAAAAGAUAGAUACAAUUGGCAGUGGAACAAUUAAAUUUUUUUAUUUUUGUAUGAAUUGUAUAGGGGGAAAAAAAUAUUGUUCCAUCCUAGAACGAGUUGCCAAGUCUUUGUUUUUACUGAGCGAGUCAGUGCUUACUAUGAAUGCUUCCUGGAUGCUGGUUGGGCUUAGUCUUUCACAUUGUGUGUAUAUGUAUGUUUGCUGCUGGAGGUCUAAAGGGAGAAACGAGUUAACGUUUAACUGCACAUGUACACACGGAGGACUCGGCAUCGCAGACAGCAUCUGUUCUGUUGUCUCAAACAACUACAUUUAAGUGAUUGUCUUUUAUCUCCUUGCACAGACUAAAGUUAUAUAUAUAUAUAUUUGCAUAUAUAAACCUAUUAACAAGUGUCUUGAAAAUAUACCCAGGAAUACCAACAUCAGUAAGAAAUAGCAGUCUGUACUUUUUAACAUUUUUUUUAUUAAUUCUAUAGUUGACGUACUUUGUGUCAGCAGUGAAUGAGUCGUUGUGCGAAUGCGCUGGAAGAAGAUGAUUGUAAUAAAAUCCACAUUCCAAGUCUGGGAUGGAUAUUCGUGGCCUUGGUUUAGCCUACCGCAGGACACUUUGGGCAGGAGCUGGAUUUUGCUCUGAGACUUCUAGAAAGGCUUUCGGGGGUGAUGGCGAACCUUUGUGAAUUUCCAGUCAUCACUGAAAAAACAUCCGCGUCAAGUUAUUAGCUGAGAAUGGUUCCGUUUCGCUUUUGUUCUUUGUCUUUUGAUUGUAAAUGUACUGUCAGGAAGGGCCAGGGAGACUGAUGGUACGGACGUCUGGGAGAUUCGUUUUUGCUGUACUAUGUAUUUACAUGGACAUGUAAUUUAGGUUGCUCAUCGUUAACUUGCUCAGGAAGGAGCCUGAUCAUCUUCCUGAUAAGCAUUCCUUCGUUAGUUCCUUUGCUUUGCUGCUAAUGCUAACACCUGUCUGUCCGCCUGGUUUCUAGUCUCGGGAGUGUUGCUUUCUCUGUGUCUCACGGCUCGCCACUGCGUCUGAGCUCAUCAUUUUGCACGGUGCUCUCAAUCAGCCAUCUUAGAGGAAACGUUCUGGCUUCGCCCCUCUCUGUUAACAGUAUUCACUUUUUUGGUUUUGUUGGGGUUUUUUUCCACCUGACCAUGUAAAUUAGAACAAUCAGUUUUCAGUCUGAGAAUUUCUGUUGGUGGCAAAACCCACAUGGAUAUUUGUGGUUCUGAUUGUUUUGUUAUGAUUCAGUUUCUUUUUGAUAUAAGAAAUUAAAUGGAUUUUUAUAGUAGAAAUGUA